GGUUGGAUCAUGUGAUAGUUCAAAGUCACCCAGUUCCAUUGACUGAUGCGCAGCACCCAGAGCGCAGCAGCUCUCAUCUCUGCAAUAGAAGCCUCUGUCAGGCUUUCUCUAUGACAUCACAUCCAACAUGGCGAGCAGCCGGGAGUGGGUGAGGGAGGUCCAGGAGGAGGCGAGGCGCGCCGCGACCGCAAACCUCGACUUCUGCCCUCACAAAUACUCCCUGCUCAUCAUUAUCGGACGCACCGCGCGCCCCAGACGCACGGAGCACGUCAGCGGGGAGAUCGAACGAGGUAUUCGCUCGUGGGACGUGGAUUUAAAAUCCUGCAACGUGAACCUCUAUCUGCAAGAGUUCCUCUCCCACCACACGGUAUCUUUCAAGGGUGCAGGACAGAAGAGUUUGCGACACUGUACCAAAGUUUUGGACAUCCACGUGUUGAUCAGUCCGACUCAAGAACAGGCCUGUUCAGAGGUGUUUGCUCUGCUGUCCAGGGAGUCGGCUCAUAAGCUGUUGAUCUUGGCAGGCCUGACGGCGGAGGAAAGCGGAGACCUGCUGUUCCACAAAGGGCGGUUUUCAGCACAUCAACUGAAACAAAUACUGACAGAGCAGUUGCUGGACCUGGAGAGCUCUGGCUCCUCACAUCUGCACUCCAAAAUCAGUCUGACCUUCAGCUGUCCCAACGUCGGCCAGUGGAGGAAAACUCUCCAAGCAAACCCAUCUCUUCAGGGCCCCAUCACGCUCCGCAUCAACCCCUCAGAGGUUCUCCCCACCAUGGAGUCUCUGGAGGGCUUCACAUCCCUAAUCUCCAGCACCCUCAGCCCCGCCUCCUCCUUUGACCUGCUGCCGCCUCCCUCCACCGUGGGUUUCCUGAAGCUGUCCCGCCCCUGCUGCUACGUGUUCCCCGCUGGCUGCGGGGACUGCGCGUUCUUUGCCAUUAAUGGGUUCACGGUGCUGGUGGACGGCGGGUCGGACUCUCAAGCUUGUUUCUGGAAGCUGGUCCGCCACCUCGACCGAGUCGAUGCAAUUUUACUGACUCAUGUUGGGACAGAAAACCUCCCAGGUGUCAUUUCGUUUCUGCAGAGGAAAGUUGGGGAGAGGGAGCUGACCUCUGAACUCAAAGAAGACUCUUCUAAAAAGCUCAUCUCCCCAGAGCUGGGAGUUGUGUUCUUUAACGCCCCCAACAGGUUGCAAGAGGAACAACAGCAAUGUGUGGACGAUGUUUUAAAGAGCACGCAGCAAGCAGCACUGACCCUGCAGCUGCUAAAGAAGUUAGACAUCAAACCUCAACCCAUGUUUCGACCACAAGGAGUCCCAAUUAAGCCCCUGACCCUUUUCCAGAAAAUGGGAGUGGGGCAGCUUGAUUUAUACAUCCUGAGUCCUGGCAAAAGCAGUCAGGAGUACGAGACUUUCAUGCACAGCUGGCCGGACGGAGCACCUCCGAAAGGCCAGAAUCUGCCCCUCCCGGCUCUCGCAUCUGUGACCGCUCUGCUAGUGUGGCACCCGGCGUGCCCUCACGAGAAGGUGGUUAGAGUGCUGUUCCCAGGUGUGACUCCCCAGGAGAAGCUGCUGCAGGGCUUGGAGAAGCUGAAGGGGCUAGACUUCCUCCAGUCGCCCACUGUGACCACCGGAGACUUGGAAAGAUUGGGAGAGGACAGGAAGAAAAAACGGACUGAGAGUGUGGACAGUUGCAAGUCGAAAGAAAAAGAGGGAACAACUAAGCAGGGGAAAGAACGGGGAGUUAGAGAAGAGGGAAAGGAGAAGGCAAAGACGUUAAACGGAUCUGGAACAAGAGAUCAAACCGCAAAAAAGGAGACGGGACUGAAGCAUAAAGCAUCAUUUUCAGAAAAGAACUCAGUGAAGAAAGGAGUUGGGAAGGAGAGGAAAAAAGAGGACAAGACAGGAAAUAAAGAUGAGAACAACUUUAUAAGGAACAAUCAGGCGAAGAAGGAUCCAGUUUCAUCCAAACCAAAGAAUGAGAACAAGACAAAAAAUAAGAAGGAAACAAAAAAUGACUCCAAAACGGGAGAGAAGAAGUUAAAAAAAUCCCCCAAUGAGAACAAAAAAGAAAAAUCUGAGAAGCCAAAUAACUCUACAGCUGCGGUUAAAAUACCAGAGUCGGAGAAAAGUGAGCAACAGAAGGAAAAAGUAGUUGAGAAGAACCGAUCAAAAACGUCUACGCCCGAAGAUAUGACAGAAGAUUUUCUCCAACUUGAGGAGGAGAGAAAAAGAAGCAGUGAGUCAGAAACGGAAAAGAGCUCGAACACAGUAACGUGCAAUGAAACUGCUAGAAGAACGGAAGGAGUGAUAGAAGGGGAGAAACAGAGUAAACAACAAACAGUGGAAAUAAACACCCAGAAAAACCUUUUUGAUGAGCCUGUAAAUUCCAGAAAGCCAGCUACAGUUGUUGGAUUUCCAUCUCCAUUGAAUAAAACCCCCAAAACGGAGUGCAUGGUUGAGCAAGAUCUAACCCCAACUGAGUACACUCUACUGGACGGGGCUUUGAGAAACACCCCGCCCUCCCAGUCCUCUCCGGAGAACCAGGACCAGGAACAGACCGUCGAGCAAACGUCCCCUGAUUCCCGGCCCAACAGCGCCGGCCACACUCCUUACUGUUUGUCUCCGGAUGACGUGUGGUGCAACCGAGCGACUCUUAGUCGAAUUCAAGCCCAGAUGAAUAACCCCGAUCCAGAUUUAUACCAAAAAAAAGAGGAGUCCCCAGAAAACCCCCCAAAAUCCAGAGAGAAGCAUCUCAGCUUCCUUCCAUUGGGCACAUUUAAAGAGGGAUCUUCAGAUCCGUCUCCUUCCAUGGCCACCACGACCACUACACACUCGAUGCCGGCAGAGGUGAGCUCGCCUCAGUCCACGGAGGUGGAUGAAUCUCUGUCCAUGUCGUUCGAGCAGGGAGCAAGCACCGUCAGCCAGAGAGACGGAGACGACAGCAUCCAUCACUCGAACGGAGGCCAUCUUUCAGGGCUGUCCUUGCCGGGGAAGAAGCCAACAAGAUCUUUGGGGCAGAACCCAGAGAUGGGGCGACCUCCUGCACCCAACACGCUCCAUUUAGAGGGCUCCUCUCACGAUGUGGACUUGUGUUUGGUUUCUCCGUGCGAGUUUAAGCAUUUCAAGCAUCCCGACUCAGGUGCCGGCGAGGCCUCCAAAGGGAAUCCACACCAACACUACAACAAGAACAAGAAUUCACCGAGUGAAUCAAAUGCUCCUGUCUGCACAGAGGACUGCCCUUCCACCACAGCGGACGGGGCGCUGGACUCCGAUGAGGAGGAGUCAUGCAGCGAGGUGUCCAACUCUCCCCACGACCUCCACAACAGUCAGGGUCUCCCUGCUGACCCCCUUCCUGCGCAAAUCAGAGACAGUCCGCCCUUACCUCCACAUCCCGACGCCUCCAUGCCAGUUCCUCAGUCUGACCUCGAUGUCCAAGGCAAGAAAGCCAAAGUCAGCGGGACUCGGGGCAAGAAACUGCAGGUUAUUGAUGGACCCCAAAAAUCUGGCUCAGGAAAAAGCAAGACGGUGAGCGUCGGUGGAGUCACAAAGGGGAACGUCUCUUCAACACGUUCAGCACCAACCAAAACUUCAGCCGGUUCAGCCUCUAAGCCUAACUCCAGCGGAGAAGUCAGUGUGUAUGUGGAUCUGGCCUAUAUUCCCUCCGGAGCCUCCACCCCAACAGUCACAGUGGACUUCUUCAGGUGUGUUCGCUCUUCCUGCUACAUCGUCAGCGGAAACAGUCCUGAGCGAGAAGAGCUGAUGAAGCAAACGCUGGAUGUUCUGCUGGACGGCAAGGCUUCAUGGCCUGACGCUGUGCAGGUGACGCUGAUCCCAACCUUUGAGUCGGUGUCGAUGCAGGAGUGGUACCAGCAGACCUUGGACAGACAGCGGGAGCUGAACGUCACGGUUCUGGGAUCCAACAGCACCGUCGCCAUGCAGGACGAGACCUUCCCCGCCUGCAAGAUAGAGUUCUGAGGAGAAAUGCUUUCAAAUCAAGACACAAAAGCAUAAUUUCAUAGAGAAAAGUAAAACCCCUACAUGCAUGUAGGUAAUAGAAAGGAGGAUUAUCAGGGGAUUUUCACUCCUACAUGCAAAAAACAUCUUUCUUUUGCACUUUAUUUUGUCCUUUUACUAUUUCUUCAUAGUGAGAGGGACUAUGCAUGUUUAUUUUUUAAAUAGUUUUAGCUUUGGGACCAUGAUCCUGAUAUUAAACGGUGAGGAGUCCACAUAUUGAUGUCCUUUCAGCCUCCAAGAAGACAUUUGAAAGUGGAUUCUUCAGAAUAGCAGACAUGGAGUUAACUUUGUGGUCAUUGGAAUGUGGCGAUCAUCUGUAUUAGUCAGCCCAUUUUGCUGCUUAAUGCAACAUUUCUCCAUCAGUUUGAAGAAAAAAUUCAAACAAGCAUUUUUUGUAUUUUUUUGCAAUUUGGUUUAUAGCUAAAAAGUCAAAUGUGCACGUUUAACAAAAUGUUUUUGAAUGCUUUCUGAGGGAUGUAAAGAUCAAUGCUAAACAAACUGACAGCUUGUGACUGUCUAAACCACUGACUGAACAGAAGUUAAUGUGAAGGACUGAGUCGUUAUCACAACAGCAACAAUCCUGCUUUUAUGGUCCAGCAAUUGUAAUCCUUUCAGUUAUGCAAAUGUAGAGUCACGCUGCAAAUGCUUUUGUAGAGAAAUGCUAUCAUGCUUUAAAAUGGAAAGGCUUAGGACAGGGAGGGGUCUGCAACCUUUAAGCUAAAAGAGCCAUUUGGUCCAGUUUCUUACAGACCAAAACCCAAUGAGAGCCGCUCUGUUAACAAAAAUAUACUUUGUUUCUGUGACCAUGAUGCCAUUCAUUUUAAAAAUGUAGUUUUAAACAUUUACAAAAGUUAAAUUAUAAAAUAUUUUUCUAUGUAACUAAUUUUACUUAUUUUACUGUUGACAGCAAAAACGUUCCUUUCAAAGUAAAAUACAAUCUGUAUCAAAUCUGAUCCUCCGGUUGCAGCAAAUUUACUUGAACUAAAAAAAAAUAAUAAAAAACUCAAAGAUUAUAUUGUCUAGAAUUGUGACUUGUGUCACGUUUUUCUUCAUAAACAACAUUUUGUGAAUUCCAAUUUUGUACAAAAUGUAUACAUAUAACUGCAGUUAAACUAUUUGAAGAAUUCUAUCUCUUACCUACAACUAGGCACUGUUGUGCAGCAGAAGAUAAGAAUGUGCUUUAUAUGUCAAUAAUAGUGGAUUAAAGCUUUUCCCAUCAUUUUGCUCAGUUAUCUGACACGUUAAAUGUAUAAAAACAAAUGACAAAAUUAAUAAACUAAAACAAACCCCCCAAAAAUGUUUAUUCAAAUUCUUUGCAUUUUUUUGUCAAAGCCAAAGAGCCACAACGGGGUGGGGGGACAAAAGAGGCUCCAGAGCCUCAGGUUGCAGACCCCUGGGUUCAGAUUUGCACGGCAUGAUUGGAUAAUUCUCAAUGGAAAAAAAGCUUUACAUGUUGUAAAUAAAACUAAAUAAAAAUUUUAACUAAAGAAAAGUAAAAUCUGGAACUGUAAAGUGUUCAGUAGUGACAUGAAAAUCAGUUUUUAUAUAAUUGUCUAUGGCUUCAAAUCUCUAUAGCUUCAAAUUUGUCACAGGUGCUAGUAAAAAAAAAGCUGUUUUUGUCAAAUGUUUGGAUUAUUUUGCCAUUCAAGUACAUUGAAUAUUAAGUUAAACUGACUUUUUAAUGUUAAACAUGUUUUUAUUUGAAUUUUUAAUUUUAAAAAAGCACUUUUUAAACAAUAAUCAUGAGAACUGUGAACAAGAGAAAAGAAUCUGGCAAUAUGUCAAAGCAAAUUAAUAAGAUAAAAUAAAAUAAAACAAACUGUUCUAAACAGAUACGUUUUGAGAUCCUAUUUAAAGACAGGAAGGGGAUGGAGUUCUGUGUGUCAGCUUGCAGUGGGUACCAGAGUUGAGGAGCACAAUGGCAGAAAGUUCUGGUCCUGAUGGUGCUGGGAUGGAUAGAAUGGACGUGGAUGGAGGAUCUGAGAAAGAGGAUGGAUGCUGAGAUAUGGAGGAAGUCAGACAGAUGUGGAUGGGUGGUGUUAAAUUAAUCAAAAAGUACAAAGGGGAUUUUUUUUAUUUAAUGCUAAAAUGAACAGCUGUGUUUUUUUAGGGGGUGCUGUGGUGAGAAAAGGGUUUCUUGUGAUGACGGGAAUGGAAGAAUUUAGGUUUAAAAAGUUCUUUGUGAAAGACUAUUAAGGAAGAGACAAGACUGGGUAAUUACAGAAAAAAACAACAAUUUACUUGGCAAUAUUUCCAACUUUAUGCUUAUUUUGGACAAUCAUUUCAUUGCAAAUGUAAAAAAAGUGAAUGAUCUAUAAAUGAAUGUAAUACGAUGUGAAUUCAAUAAAUUUGUUUUGUCUUGGGAUCUGAAAAA